AACAUUGUUUAUUCACCAUUAGUAAUGAAUGAGUUAAUAUCAGUUAACUACAUUUAUGAUCGUAUCAAAUAUUUAUACAAUCAGGCAAUUAAUUACAGUAUAUGCAAUCUUUGGUAUGAAUGAUCUACAUUCGUUUAAUAGAGGGAGGACUCAGGAACAGUACGAUUUUUAACAGACUAUUUACAAUUGGUUUUCUCAUUAUCCUGCAUUCCAAAAACGUCUACACUAUGGACACCACAUCAAUUAGCGCGGAGGAAUAUUGUGUACCUGAACUGGUGUAUGAUUAUGAUGUGUCUACACGGGCGGGCCCCGACUUGGCAAUCAUCGGUGACUUUCGGAGUGUCCAGAAUCUGAGAGCCCUGGAAAAGGACACUGCUAGACAGGUGCAUCCUCCUCAUGGAAUCCAUGAGAACAUCCAGCCCCAUUCUAGGCGGACGCUGUUAAUCUGGAUGCUCCGGGUAUGUGAGGAGCAGAAAUGUGAGGAGGAGGUGUUCCCCCUGGCCGUCCACUACCUGGACUCAUACAUGAGCCGCCAUGUUGUGCUGACCUCCAAGCUGCAGCUUUUAGGUGUUGUCACCAUGUGGCUGGCCUCCAAGAUGAAAGAGACUGUUCCUCUGACAGCCAACAAGCUCUGUAUCUACACAGACUUCUCCUUUUCACUGCUAAGUAUCCUGCAGUUCGAGGUGUCAGUGGUGUCCAGUUUAGGCUGGUAUCUGUCGCCAGUACUCCCUUCUGACUUCCUGGAGCCGAUGCUUCACAGGCUCUCCUUCCUCGAUGCCCGGCACCUUCCCAAACUGCGCCAACAUGUCCAUGCUUACGUCGCACUGGCAAACAUCGAGUGGAGGUCUUCUGACUUUUUACCCUCCACCCUUCUUUGUGCCUGUUUGAGUGCUGCAACUCACAGGCUCAACUUGAUGGACUCACCUAACUCACUGCUCAGGAUUCUUGCCAAUCUCCUGGUCCUAGAUCUGGACUCUCUCUUCCUCUGCUACAACCAGCUGCAGGCAGCGCUGGAGCUCAUCCUGCCUUCUGCUUCCAAAGCUGCUGUUUGCGGAUCAGAGGUCGGUCAGACUACCACUGAUGUUGACAAUCUUUCAUUGACGUCAAUGACACCUGGUGAAAGCCAACUGAAAACCCCUCCCUGCCACAACAGGCAGGUGUGAAUAUACCAGGCCUAAAUGGCUUUUUGCUCACAAUACCCAUUUAUUCAUAGUGUGUCUAUUACUAAACAGCAAACUUUUUUUUCAUAUGACCAUACUUGUUGCAGAUUACGUUUACACAUUUUUACGCGUUAUAAUCGCUAAAGAGCUAAGUGUUUGUCCAUUUUUUAUGGCCAUGCUUGUUGUGAAUUGUGUUCAUGUAUUUUUUCGUGUUAAAAUCGCAAUUGUCACGCACGGAUUCAUUGUGGUGCAUUUAUAGUUCUGUACGGUUACAAGAUUAUACAUUAAACUAGACUCAUGCAAUGACUUACAUAGUAUAACAUUUUUGGUUUAACUCCAUUGUUACGAUAAAUGUUUUACAUUUUCAUUAAAAUGAUAGCAUGUAAUUGACUGACAAGAUGAGGAAGCACUUUUUUUUAUUGAUGCCCUUAUCCCAGUCACAGAAGUGUCAACAAAGUUGACAACUUUGGCACAUGUUGAAAAAAAAUGAAAUUUGCAACAAAAGUUGAUUUAAUACUUAAAUGCACAUGGUACAAAAAUUAUGAACACUUUUGCUUUCAUGAACCCUGCUCCUUCAUUUCUUGAAAUGACAAGAACAAACUGACGUUUUGACAAUUUCAACUUUGCAUAUACAAACAUUCACACAUCUGCUUUACAUUCCUGAUAAGCUUCAGUUUGUCAAGGAAAAACUGAAACACAAACAUUGCCAUAUCAACAUUCCAGUUUCAAGAGAGGUUUACGUUACUGGACGUCUUCUUUUGAAAUGACAAUAAAGUAAUAGUUCCCAAUUUAUCAGAUGUCAUGUUAAAACUUGUCACUUUUUAAUGUACUAUUUUGAGUAAUGUCAGGAAUUCAAAUGUCAAAUUAGACAUAAAACACCGCUGAUGUUACAGGACGAAACAAACCAAACCUCCCAAAUAUUUAGCAUUUCAACAGCAUCAAGCAGUAUGGACAUGCCAGUUCACCGUAUUUGUAAACAGCAUUUGUAAGAUAGAAAUACUUAUACCUGCCUUUAGCAAAUAUCCAUAUUAUUUCCAAAUAAUAUGAAACACCUGAGCCAUAGACCUAAAGACACCAUCAUUACUUGAGGAGUUUAACAACAGAUAUAACAUUCAGCCAGUAAAGCUCACAAUUUACUUCAAACAAAUGCUGUUUUUCCUGGAAUGUUACAAGAAAACAUCUGUUAUGCUACUUGUGCAUGUGCACCAGCGUAGAUUUGGGUGUUACAGCAGGUUAAACAGGUUACGCUUAUUGUGCAUCAGUGAGUCAGGUUGUUAUUCAAGUCUUGUCCAAACUUGCAGAAACCUGGAUUGAAAUUAAAAACUGAGAUCCCUGUCCUGAGCAUUUCAUCCAGUAGUGUUAACAAGAGUGCUCUUUGGCAUCAUGAAAUGUACAGUAGUUUGCAGUUCUAUUUCAUCCCUGCUGACCGCCAGACGGGGUGCUGUAACUGGCAGUCAUUUGGGAUUCAUAGGACCAUAGUUACCUACGUAACUUUCAUUAUAAUAAAAUGCAGUAAAAUAGGCAGGUAAAGAGAAGCAUUUCUCCCGUUGAACCUCAUUGACAACAAUGUUCAAUGACAAAAGCGCCAUGAAACCAUAAAUAAUUUUCUAACUGUCGGCUGGGAAAAAAAACCUCAGGUCAUAAAAGGCACAAGAGCCUCCAAAUGACUGAUGCCCUACAACACUUACAUUCAAGGUGUUUUGGUUUUAGGGAGACUUUGACAAUGCUCUCAUGUAUUCAAAGCUGAGUACCUAAGACUCUGACAUACAUAUAUACAAUAAUCAUUGUUUUAACCUGACCAAGCCUGUUGAGUAUCCCUCUUCCCUUUUUUGGUGUGUGAAAUCCCUGAUGAUGACUUAAGUGCGCUGUUAGACAGUAUUGUCACAAUGUGCUUUGGCCAUGCAUACAGAAUCUUCAGUGGUGUUUAACUUGAAACAGGACUGUGAAUAAUUAAGGCCUGCUUGUAAGCCUCGGUCACAUUAUCGCAGUCUGUAAUGGAGAAGGCACUGUCAGCCACUCCAGACUCAUAGCAGUUCCACUUCCUGUGCAGCCCAUCUCCAAGAAUAUCAUCUUCUUGGAUGUCAAGCAGAUUGUCAGCAGACACACAUCCUCUCAUGGUGGGCCGUCCAGCUUUCUCUGGAUGUGCAGGAAGUCGUGCAAAGUCUGGAAGAUCCAGCUGAUCAAAGGACUCUGAGGACAGAAUGCUCUCCUCGCUGAUAGCACCACUCGAUCUAACCCUUGUGCCCCUGUUGGGUAAUGAAACUGCUAGCUGAUCUAAGGAGCCGAACUCCUGCGCACCAGAGAACUUUCCAUUUCGCUUGAGUAUGCCUUUUCUGUGGGUUGAUAUUGAGGUGGGCGCUUUGGAUUGCGGGACCCAGCCAGAGUCACUGUUCUCAGGGGAGGAGGAGUAAUAGCCAGAUUCUUGCUCUGUGGGCUUCUUGAGGAUACCUUUGCGAGGUACCAUUUCCGCUGAAGGGGCGCUGGCUGGGUUGGACAAAAUGUUUUGAUGUUCCAGUGAUGUGGUAGUGGUCUCACUGAUGACCUUUUGUUUUACACUGUUUCUUCUUUUUAAAAUCCCCUUAGAAGGUCGGGUGUCUGUACUUCCUUCGUGGCUGGGCUGGGAGACAUUGUUCUCCUUUUGUGACCUACGUAGAGAACGCUGUCGAACUACAUCAUUGCCACUAACGCCUUGUGAGCGGAGCAGGCAGCGCAUCUUGGAGCCAUUCUCGAGCAAAGGCCUGGAUGUACGUCUCAGCCAGCUAGCAACGCUAGCCAGCCCGGCCGGGUGCUGCGCUGACGAAGAGGCCGUCGACUUUGCACCCUCAACUUGGUUGGCUGUUGUCUCAGAGAGGAGGGGUUUCUGGUAACCCCAGUUAAGCCACCAGUGUCCUGCUAUUUCCUCAAUUGUAGCUCUGCGCUCAGGGUUGACCAUUAGCAUCCAACGAAUGAGACCACAUGCAUCUGAUAGGAAGCAAGAGAGGUAAAAAAAUAAUAAAUUUGUCUGCAGCACUGCAAA